AUGAAGUUCAUGAGAGUAGAACUCAGGGAUGAUAAAGUCAUGGCCAUGAGUGCCACUGGUAGGUCACAGGGGGGAUUGGUUUUCUCCCCCCCUUUCUCCCCCCCCUCUCUCCCCCCCGGGGGGGGAGACUACAUUCUCCUCCGGAGGGGGAGAAGUCUUCCCCACAUGAGGGGCGGAGAACGGUCUCCCCCACCUGACCACUGUGGCGAAGCAUUUCUGGAGUGGGGGAGAAUCAUGGGGGGAGAAUUCUCCUCCACCGGGGGAGAGGGGGUGGAGAGUGACGGUUCUCCUCCCCCCGGGGAGAAGUGGGGGAGACAGGUGGGGAGACAUGACCAAUCCUCCCUGCCGGUCAAGCAGCGUGCACGUGAGUUCUUUAUGGGCACCGCCGAUGGUUUUGAAGAAUCACGCACAAGCCACGGGGUUCCAGCGAACGUUCUGAACCUCUGCCGAUACGAAGGAAAUAAUGGAAGUAAGCACAACAUCUAA